AAAACAUACCUUACCUCAUCACCCUUUGCUCCUCUAACCUCACUCCCGCUCUCUUCCACGUCAAACCACCAAUCCUAAUUCUGGCUACGUCCAUGGUCAUUGCUUACUACACUUCAUCACUCCCAGGAUCUCAUAAAUCUCUUCAGCUUCAAACUCAACUGCAGAAAAAGAAACUAUUGGUUCUAGAUCCUAGUGCUUUUCCAGAAUAGAAGUCAGACUAUUGGGCAUGAGAUAAACAUCAAGCAUCACCAUCUCCUAUCAUUGCCACUAUUAUUAUAAACAACACAAAAAUGGCGAGUGAAUGGAGCUGGGAGCAGAACACACUCAUCAAUGAGCUAAUUCAAGGGAUGGAGUUAGCAAGGAAGUUGAAGGAAGACUUGAGACUGCCGUAUUCAGUUGACUCAAAAGACAUGCUGCUGCAGAGGAUACUAUCUUCUUAUGAAAAGGCUCUACUGAUUCUAAGAUGCAAUGCAUCAACUUCCGACUUGCAGGCCACGAGUCAAGCACCUGCAGCUUUGUUACCGGAGUCCCCAAUAUCAGUCCAUGGAAGUCCUCUGAGUGAGGAUCUUGAUGGGGCCAUCAAGGAUCACCAAGAAACUCAACAUGAUUCAAAGAAAAGAAAGAUAACGCCCAAAUGGAUGGAUCAUGUAAGAGUGAGCUGCGAGAGUGGUCUUGAAGGACCACAAGAAGAUGGCUACAACUGGAGAAAAUAUGGUCAGAAAGACAUCCUCGGAGCAAAAUAUCCCAGAAGUUACUAUAGGUGCACCUUCCGCAACACACAGGGCUGUUGGGCAACGAAGCAAGUGCAGAGAUCAGAUGAAGAUCCCACAAUAUUUGACAUAACCUACAGAGGAAAGCAUACCUGUUCUCAAGGAAACAACGCCGUUUUGCCACCUAAGUCACCAGACAAACAAGAGAAGACACACAGACAUAACAUUGACAUGCACCAUGCACAGGCAUCACAAGAAAGCCUUACAAAGUUCAGAAACAUCUUGUCUGUCAACACAGAUAAACUAGACAAUGGAGAUAUGGCAUAUCCUUUCACUUUCCCUUCGACUUCAUCUGGAUGCAUGAAACCAUACAACCACAGCUUGAUUCCUGGGACCCUAGAGAAUGAGUACUUCUUGAGCGAUCAAUACCAAACGCACCUGUUAUCUCCAACAACACCGGAAUCAAACUAUCUCCCAUCCCCAACUUUCCAGAUGAAUGAGUUUGACGGAAUCUACAACAAGCCUUAUUCAGACUCAGAUAUUAAUGAGAUCAUUUCCACCAACACAUCAGCAACCAAUUCUCCAAUUCCCGAUUUCAAUUUCUCACUUGAUCCAGUGGAAAUUGACCCGAAUUUCCCUUUCAACACCCCAGGAUUUUUCUCCUGAUUGCACUAUAAAUGGAACACAAUGAGCAAUAUAGUCUUCCUAAAAUAGGACAACUCCAGGCAGAAGUAGAAUUUUAGAAUAAAGAAUCAGCAACUGCAGCACUUAUAAAUGUCAUUCCUUUUAGUCAAUAUUAGAAUUACGGUUUUGGCAC